GCAAAUAGUGGUGUGUACAGAGAGAGUUGAGAAGUCUAGGUCUACUUCCAGAAGAAAAAUAGUUUCAGAUUGCUUGAAAUUGAGUCAGGAUAAAAAUGCACAUGAUUAAGCUCUUCCUGUUUAUUGUUCCUCUAGUUACUUCCUCGAGAAUUGACCAGAACAAUCCGUCCUUGGAUUCUAUACCUCCGGAGCCAAAAUCAAGAUUUGCUAUGUUAGAGGAUGUAAAAAUUUUAGCCAAUGGCCUCCUUCAGCUGGGACAUGGUCUGAAAGACUUUGUCCAUAAGACUAAGGGCCAGAUUAAUGACAUAUUUCAAAAGCUCAACAUAUUUGAUCAGUCUUUUUAUGAUCUAUCAUUGCAAACCAAUGAAAUCAAAGAGGAAGAGAAGGAACUAAGAAGAACAACACACAAACUACAAGUCAAGAAUGAAGAAGUGAAGAACAUGUCCCUGGAACUCAACUCGAAACUGGAGAGCCUCCUGGAAGAAAAGAUUCUACUUCAAGAAAAAGUGAGGUCUUUGGAGGAGCAAUUAACUCAUUUAAUUCAAAAUCAGCCUGAACCUCAAGAACACCCGGCAGUAACAUCACUUAAAACUUUUGUAGAACAGCAAGAUAAUAGCAUCAAAGAGCUUCUCCAGAUCGUGGAAGAACAAUAUAAAAAAUUAAACCAGCAGCACAGCCAAAUAAAAGAAAUAGAAAAUCAGCUCAAAAGGACUGGUAUUCAAGAAUCCACUGAAAAUUCUCUUUCUUCCAAGCCAAGAGCACCUAGAACGACUCCCUUUCGUCAGCUGAAUGAAAUUAAAAAUGUAGACCAUGAUGGCAUCGCUCCUGAUUGCACCACCAUUUAUAAGAGAGGUGAACACACAAGUGGGGUGUAUACCAUCAGACCCAGCAACUCUCAGGUUUUUAACGUCUACUGUGAUGUGAACUCAGGUAGUUCAUGGACAUUAAUUCAACGACGAAUAGAUGGAUCACAAAACUUCAAUGAAACUUGGGAGAACUACAAAUAUGGUUUUGGGAGGCUUGAUGGAGAAUUCUGGCUGGGCCUAGAGAAGAUACACCACAUAGCGAAGCAGUCUAAUCACAUUUUACGGAUUGAGCUGGAAGACUGGAGAGACAACAAACAUCACGUUGAAUAUUCUUUCCGCUUGGGAGAUGAGGAAACCAACUACACACUGCGCCUGGCUGGGGCGGAGGGCAGCAUGGCCGGCGCCCUCCCGGAACACAGAGACUUGGUGUUUUCUACUUGGGAUCACAGAGCAAACGGACACUUCCACUGUCCAGAGCGCUCUCCAGGAGGCUGGUGGUGGCAUGACGGAUGUGGAGAAAACAACCUAAAUAGCAAAUAUAACAAACCAAGAGCAAAAUCUAAGCCAGAGAGAAGAGGAUUGUGUUGGAAGAGUCAAGACGGAAGGUUAUACUCCACCAAAUCAACAAAAAUGUCGAUCCGUCCAACAGGUUCAGAAUGAGCUGGGGCAAAUUAAAAUCCCAAAUUAAACAUUAAACUUAUCCCUACUUAAUUAUUAGACCCUUCAUGGAAGGCUUAAGAAAUAGUUUGUUUUUUUUUUUAUCUUAAAGUCACUAUCAAUUGAAGAUUAAACAUAUCAUCACAAAACCUCAAAGAAUACCAUUCACAUUUCUCAAUCAAAAUUCUUAUAAUACCAAUUUUUCAUAUAUUUUAUGAUAUGGGAAUCAUUUUAGACGGUCACAAGUGAAAUUAUAAUAGAUAAAUGUUUAAAUAACUUUUACUUUUUUUUUUUAUUGAGACAGAGUCUCACUAUGUCGCCCUCAGUAGAGUACUGUCGCAUCACAGCUCACAGCAACCUUUAACUCUUAGGCUUAAGUGAUUCUCUUGCCUCAGACUCCCAAGUAGCUGGGACUACAGGCACCCGCCACAAUGCCUGGCUGUUUUUUUGCUGUAGUUGUCAUUGUUGUUUAGAGGCCUGGGCUGGGUUCGAACACAUCAGCCCCGGUGCAUGUGGCUGGCCCCCUAACCACUGAGUUACGGGCACUCAGCCUUAAAUAACUUUUAAAAUUAAAAACUUACAGAGACUUUUAUUUUAAAAGUUACCAUGUGGGCUAAUUUUGCAAGGAUCUCAGUUUAAAAACUAUUAUAAUAUUAAUUUCAAACUAAAAUUCAGUCCAUUCAGAGUACAUGAAGAAAUCUGUAAUACAAAUUUUACUUCACUUUGGUAUAAAAUAAUCUGGAGUAAAUGUUUGGUAUGUUUUAAAGAAGCCAAAUAAAGCAGCAUUAAUGCUGCACUAAAACAAAACAGUCUUUUAGGAAAAUGUGCCGGGUCAUAAUUACCAAGUCACACAGACUUUAAUAUGAGGUGUCAUUGUACCUUAACAUAUUUGUUAGCUAUACAAAUGUGAUAUUGUGAAAACUAACCUAGUUUUUAAAAGAGCUUGUCAGAAUACAAGAAUGAAUGUGACAUCAAGUUAAAGUUUAAUAAUUUAUUCCCCAGACAUGCUGUGAGUCUAAUAAUUUUGUGUAGGUUUUCAAGUAAAAUUAAAUACCAUAACAGGUAAUGGAAUAUUUAAAUAGCCUAACAGGUAUGUGUGUACAUUUAAAAUUCAAUAAAUAAAGACUAUGAUGUAUAUGGAGAAAACAACCUAAAUAGCAAAUACAACAAACCAAGAGCAAAAUCAAUUUUACUCAAUAAAUAAAUUUAAUCCCUAAAUUAUAAAAAUUUAAAAUUUAGAUUGUUCUAGUUUUAUAUUGAUAACACCAUAGAUGUAUGAUGUUAUUUCUAAUUCAAAUAAUUUAAACUCUAAGUCUCAAAAGAUUUUUUUUCCAUAAUAACACUUCUCAGUAUUUAUUUUUAAAUAAGUUUUUUAAGAAACUAUCAACAAGAUAUAAAAUUUUAAAUUAAAUCUAGUUUUUAAAAGAUACGGUGCCCAAGUGACUUACGUUUGACAAGAAAUAUUCAGCAUUAUAUAUUUCUAAUUAUCCAAUAUACAUGUAAUAUGUAUUAUAUAUAUGUAUAUGUGUGUGUGUAUAUAUACUUUUUUUUUUUUUUAGAGCAGAGUCUCACUUUAUUGCCUUUGGUAGAGCGCUGUGGCAUCACAGCUCACAGCAACCUCCAACUCCUGGGCUUAGGUGAUUCUCUUGUCUCACUCAGCCUCCCAAGAAGCUGGGACUACAGGUGCCCCCCACAACGCCCAGCUAUUUUUUGUUGCAGUUUGGCCGGGGCUGGGUUUGAACCCGCCACCCUCGGUAUAUGGGGCUGGCGCCCUACUCAGUGAGCCACAGGGGCCGCCCAAUAUGUAUUUUAUAAAUCACAUACAUAAAAGACACAUACAAACUAUAUGUAUCCCAUAUGUUAUUCCAGUAAAGUACAGAAGAAUAAA